AAGGAGGUAAGGCUGGGCCUACAGCUAAGGCUCAGGCCAUGUAGCAACGACGAUGGCCAUCCCUUCUGUCUUGUUUCCUUUCGUGCCCGGAGGUCCCCUGUCCCUCCAGCUGGUGCCUUCCCUGGCCAAUUCAGCAGCGUAGAUCUGGCACACCACCAUCGCUUCUCCAGCUUGGGAGCCAGAAGGUGGUUAGUCUUCCUUGACGCUAAGCAGUUCUGGUGAAGGGAUUGAAGAAACUAAAAAAGCCCAGCCCUCUCAGCUGUCAGAUGCGGUGAUCUCCAUGGUAACUCAAACCCCCAGACUCUCGACAGCAGCCUGCGAGGAGCAGCAUUCAGCAGCUCAAGGGUCUCACGACCAGAGCGUGGAUCACACUUCUCGUAAACCUCAUCAUAGUGAGGUUGGGCUAAGAUGAGCAUAACCAGUGACGAAGUGAAUUUCUUGGUGUAUCGCUAUCUCCAGGAAUCAGGUUUCUCCCACUCGGCCUUCACCUUCGGAAUCGAGAGCCACAUCAGCCAGUCCAACAUCAACGGAACACUAGUGCCACCUGCCGCACUCAUCUCCAUCCUCCAGAAGGGGCUCCAGUAUGUGGAGGCUGAGAUCAGCAUCAACGAAGAUGGUACAGUAUUUGACGGCAGGCCCAUAGAGUCACUGUCUCUGAUAGACGCGGUGAUGCCUGAUGUUGUACAGACCCGGCAGCAAGCAUUCAGAGAGAAACUAGCUCAGCAACAAGCCAGCGCAGCGGCGGCAGCGGCAGCAACGGCAGCAACAGCGGGAGCAACGACGACUGCUGUUUCCCAGCAGAACACACCAAAGAACGGAGAAGCCACUGUGAAUGGAGAGGAGAAUGGGGCACAUGCAAUAAAUAAUCAUUCAAAGCCAAUGGAAAUAGACGGGGAUGUUGAAAUUCCUCCUAACAAAGCAACAGUCCUUCGGGGCCAUGAAUCAGAGGUGUUCAUCUGUGCCUGGAACCCUGUCAGUGACCUGCUAGCAUCUGGAUCUGGAGACUCAACGGCCAGAAUAUGGAAUCUCAAUGAAAACAGCAACAGCGGUUCCACUCAACUAGUUUUGAGGCACUGCAUAAGAGAAGGAGGACACGAUGUCCCCAGCAAUAAGGAUGUGACUUCAUUGGACUGGAAUAGUGAUGGAACACUAUUGGCUACAGGCUCAUAUGAUGGUUUUGCAAGAAUAUGGACAGAAGAUGGAAACCUUGCAAGCACCUUAGGUCAACAUAAAGGUCCAAUAUUUGCCCUGAAAUGGAACAAAAAGGGGAAUUAUAUUUUAAGUGCUGGUGUUGAUAAAACAACAAUAAUUUGGGAUGCUCACACAGGAGAAGCUAAACAGCAGUUUCCUUUCCAUUCAGCUCCUGCUCUGGAUGUAGACUGGCAGAACAACACUACUUUUGCCUCCUGCAGCACUGACAUGUGCAUUCACGUAUGCAGACUUGGCUGUGAUCGUCCCGUUAAAACCUUCCAAGGACACACAAACGAGGUUAACGCAAUCAAAUGGGACCCAUCUGGCAUGCUACUAGCAUCUUGCUCCGACGAUAUGACAUUAAAGAUUUGGAGUAUGAAGCAAGAUACCUGUGUACAUGAUCUUCAGGCUCACAGCAAAGAGAUUUAUACUAUCAAAUGGAGUCCUACAGGACCAGGCACCAGCAACCCAAACUCCAACAUCAUGUUAGCAAGUGCUUCGUUUGAUUCCACCGUUCGGCUGUGGGACGUUGACCGAGGAGUCUGCAUCCAUACGUUAACAAAACAUCAAGAGCCUGUCUACAGUGUAGCUUUUAGUCCUGAUGGAAAAUAUCUAGCCAGUGGGUCCUUUGACAAAUGUGUCCAUAUAUGGAAUACUCAGAGUGGAACUCUAGUACAUAGCUACCGAGGCACCGGGGGCAUCUUUGAAGUCUGCUGGAACGCUAGAGGAGACAAAGUGGGAGCAAGCGCAUCAGACGGAUCGGUUUGUGUUCUAGACCUGCGGAAGUAAAAGUGAAAUGUUUUAGAAGAAAUUUCAAAUGGACCAGCAGUGAAUGUGUGGGGAGAAGCACUCUUCAAAACUAUUCUUAACAGCUCCAGAACUGUACGAACUUGAACAAAGUUAGAGUGUACCGUGAAACCAACUCUCCCUGGCCACAGGUGUCUAGUAUUUUGUCCGUAACCUUCAUCAAGGAGUAAAAACACAGUCACUUCAGAGGGGGAGGGAAUGGUUUCCACCUGGAACAUUCAGCCUUGGAAGCAUGAAGCCACCAGCUAGGCAUUGCACUGUUUGGUUUGCGUCUGAGAACUUGCUCUGAUGGCUGGGAAAAAAAAGCUGUGCCAAAAAAAAAUUAAUAAAAAAAAAAAAAGAAAAAUGCUGUGAUAAACCAAAAGGGAAAAAAAAAAUCCUCCUCCAUGCGGUGUUGUAUUUUUUCCUUCCAAUUUGGACACUACAGUUGCUCUCCCAAAGGACGUUCAAAGACCAGUUUGUACUGAUGAAAUGCUCAACUUUGUAAUCACAACACUUUCUAUUUUCUAGACUACUUUUUUUGUUCAGUGGUUUUUCUAUCAGCUGGAAUAUUACAGCCUGGAGGAUCCCAGGCUUAGGAUGAAACUUUUGUUUUCCUUUUAUUUCUCCCUUCCACUCCCAACUUCUCCUUCCUUUUUUUUCCUCCUCUUUCUUCUUACCCUUUUUUUUUUUUCUUUUUUCCCUGUAUGCCCAUAGUAGAUGCAGCCAGGUGGACAUGACAAUGAAAAUUUUUGACAGACUGCUUCUCCUCUCUUCUCUCUCUUCCUUUUCCUUUCUUUCUCUCCGUUGAAAAGAAAAAAAAAUCCUCCAUGCUUCAGAUCUUAGCGUCUCAAGGGCACUUUCAGCAAAUUGUGUAAUAAGUGCUUUAUAUAAGAAUGCAGUGCUGGGGAAGAUUUUUACAGGAGAAAGAUGACUUUUAACAGAAAGAACCCAGUGUAUUUUUGGAAAAAAAAUAUUUUUUAUGUUAAACAGUUUUAAAAGCCUAAUACGGCCACCAAAUGUAGACCAGUUGUGUAAUUCAAGCAAAAAGAAUGACACGGAGUCCAAGGAACAUGAAAGGUGCAGUAUCCUUUUUCUCUUCUCUCUCAAAAAGAGCUGUAAGAAAAAAAAUGCCAUUUGAUACAACAAAUGCCAGUCAUUUACUAAGAGUCCUCUUCCAGCAGCCAGCCAUUGAUACAGUCUCGUUUCAUUUUUGUGGCUGUUUGGUGAUGUACCCACAGGAACAGGGAUUCAUAAAUUUAAGACUAUAAAUACAGCAUUCAUUUUCUUAAGUCCAUACUUUCAUAUAACCUUGGUGACCAGGGAAAACCGAUUGUGGAUCUUCUUUCCUCUAUCAGUAGCUCAAAUGUCACACUGAACGUGGGGUUGGCUGCCCGUGAUGGUGCUGAGCGUGCUGUCCUCCACUGUUCAACCCACUCAGCUGCUUCUCUUCCAGUAAGUCAAUGGGAUUUUACUGCUGACUUAAUGGGACCAGUUGGACCAAGAUCUAUUGACUGCAUCUGUCAUUGUUGAAGAGCACACUCUUGCCAAGCUGCUGUCCAUCUAUGGUGGACACACACCUGGAGGAACCUCUUCCAUCACGUUGGGCAGUCUAUGGUGCUGCUGUCGCCCUCAGCCAUCUGUGUUCUGCGUGCUACAAGGAAAGCUCUGGGUCUGCCCAGGGAGCUUUAGCUUUGUGGGUGUCCUCAGUGCAGCGCUCAGAAGACAAUGUAGAACUCUCCAUUAGGUGAGGACAUGAUAAAGGAUAUAUAAAUUCUGUCUCAACAUAUAUACUAGUAUAAAGUUGUGAUGGGUGAAAUGAUUGGAAUGACAAUAAAGACUUCCAAAGCACCACCCAUCCACUUUGGACAUGACUUCCUCUGCAAGCUGGACAUCUGCAGGGAUGUCUGCUGAAGACUACACCCGGAGCAGAUGAUGGAUGCAAAGAAGGAUGCACAGGCGGAGUUUACUGAAAGUGCUGUAAACUGUAAGGCAACCUUGGGGUGGUGGCAGCUGAGUCAAACAGGUGCCCUCUCUAGCCCACAGGCUGGGCGAGGAUUUGCAGGAGAGAAAAACAAGCAAGCAGAGAAUCCCCUCAACAUCACGUAGAACCUUCCUGCCCAAAGUCACCAUUUCUUUAACAGAGCAGCUUCCCUUUGGUUGGACCACGGCUGCUGAUGUGGUGAUGUGAUCUGACCAAAACCGAAACCAGAGCCCUACUGCUCCUGCACCAGGUGGUGCAAGACCUUCCAGGCAUCAUGGCAUCAUUGUGGCAUCAUCAUGGCAUUGUGGAAUCCAUACUUCAUUUUUUCUCCUGGGUUUUCCUCUCUUUAUCCUUGCAUCUGCACAGGAUCUUAGUCCUUCCAGUGGAACCAGCCACUGCCAGCUGCAGCUGCAUUUCUUAAAGGUACACAUUUGGAAAGGAGAAAAGAAUGAAAAGAAACAACUGCUGAAAGGGUUACUCAGUCCUGAGGUAAAAACAGUUUUGUGGGAUUUUAGUUAUUAAUGACAGUUAGGCUCAUUUAUAAUUUAUAUCAAAGAAUUGGACACUGGAAGGUAUCAAGGAUUCUUUUCAGUGUUAAAUGCAUUUAUGUGUUGGUUUCAGUUUUCUGCUCCAAGAGCAUGGGCUGUAGAUGAUCCCCUGACAGUUUUGCACUGGUUUAUAAUAACCACGUGUACCUACUAAUUUAAAGUCACUACUUUAAAAAAAAAAAAAAAAGAGUACCUGUUAGAAGGGAGGCUUAAAUUUGAACAGAAAAGUUAAAUGUGGAUUUAUAAAGCACGGUUGGGUCAAUGAUUUAAUUACAAUCAUUGCAUGUACACGGUUAACUUCCUAAGCUGGUUUUGGGUGGCAUUUCUGAGAAUAACACACAGAAGCUCCAGGGACCCCUGAACAGGCCAGACCUCAGGAUUCCAAGAGAUGAGGCUGCUGACGCUGAGCUGAGCGAUGGUGCACAGCCCGUGUUUCACCGUGUUUCCCAGGACAGCUACUGUGGAUGACUCGGCAGUGUCCAUGAUGCCUGUUUCUUCCUCCUUUUAUCCUUUCUUUAAAUUGUCGGAACAUCACCUUACCUCUGCCCUACCUCCGUGGAGGUGAGAAGCCAAGAGAAACAAAAUUUAAAAGUCAGUGGGAUUGCAAAGCCUACGUGUGAGAGAGGCUCCUGCUCCGGAGAGUUUUCCCUACAGACCAUCAGAUUUGAAAGCAGCGUACGUGGAAAGCUGAAAAAAUUCACUUUUCUUCCCCUCCCCGAGAUGCUAAAGACUGGAAAAUUCUCACAGCUACUGUAGUAGAGAGUUUUCAGCUCAUAUGAGGGCAGCUACUGAGGAAGGCAGAAGAUGCAGUUGCAAAGGUUAAUCCUAGCCUAGCGGGCUGGUUGCUUCAGGAGGUGGGCCAUGGGGAGAGAGAGGCUUUUCCAAGCUCCAGUUCAGCGUGGACAUCUGAGCCAAGACCUGCAGAACUGUCCUCAUGGGACUUCUGGCUUUCCUCCACUGCUCUGCUGGUGUCCCCUGGCCAGCUCCCCCGCCACAGAACGGCACCAAGCAAGAGGCUGACAGAUUUCAGCAGGUUUUUUUCAUACAAUAUUUUUUGGUCGUUUUCUUCAUAGUUCUUUGUAACAGAAGAGAAAUUGAAACACCCAUGUGAGCACACAGGGUUGUGAAACCCAUCGAGGGGCUUGCUGGAUUUGUAUCAUUGCUGGCUGUCUGGAACUGGCCUUGAAGUGAAAAAAAGACAGUUUCUGAAAAACCACUCGACUCUGUGGGUUAGAAGGAUACUGAAUCUUUUAUGUAGAAAACACUGGGUCCCUUAUGGGGCACUAAAGGGCCUGACUUACAGGGUUAUACACACAUUAACCCCAUGCUACAUCUUAGAAAUUUCCUUUUAAUUUGUUUUAAAAAAAAGAAAAAAAUAGCUAAUUUUAGAGCCAAGUGAAGUGCACUUUGUCAAAUGUAAGGGUCUGCUUUGUUUUUGGGUUUCUUUUUUCUUUUUCCCUUUUUAAUUUUUCCUCCUUUUUUUUCCUUCUUUUGCCUUUUUAAAAGAUGUGGUUCUUUGUCAAUUGCAGAAAUGUUCUUUCAGCCACUCACUGAAAUUCUGAAUUCUGGCUUCUGCAGUUUUUAUUGUCUGUGUCAGACUUGCAGCCAGACUUGGUUCUCAUUUCAGCAUUUCCCAGGUUCUGUUGAAACAACAUCAACCCUUAUUUUGUUUCUCCCCCCACCCACACUUUCUUCAAAUUCACCUUGUGUAUUGUAGCUCAUUUGUUUUAAGGAGAGAAUCAACAGAUCAUAUUCAGUGUCUUGAAUAAAUUGCUAUAUUUUGAUAUUAGA